GUUAUCUCUCUCCAAUCCACUCCCUCGGUCCGAUCCUCUCCACGUUUCCUUCCAGCAAUUUCCUGGUAGCAGUUCGGACCGCUCGGAAGCAGUCGUUCGGAGUGCAAGGACAUGGAGCCAGGAAUGACGACACGCGAAAAGUGAAUCCUGCUAAACGAAGAGAUGGGGAAACUUGCAGGACAGGAAAAGGAAACUAGAAGACCAGAAUCCAAGCUCUCAACAACACAUGAGAUAAAUGUGGAGGCUCCCGCCAAAAAUGAGGGAAGGUCUUCGAAAGCGUCUCAUAGUUACUCCCCGGACCCAAGGGUUAAGCCUCCAUCCCAAAUUCCUCCGUCAAAGACCCCUGGGGAAAAUGAAGGCAGAACGAAUGAGGCCCCUAUCACGUGAUCAACGAAGGCAGAGAAGAAAGCACAGCAAGCGACUUACGGUGUUGGAUUCAAGAAAGCAGAAAGGGGUAGAAGGAAAGGGGCUAGGGACUUCCGUGCGACAGGCUGUAGUAAAAAAGGCGAAGACCAGAAAGGUGGUAAUAGAAAAAUUAGUCAAGGGAAGGAAACAAACCUUGGAGCUGGAGGGAGGAAACCUCAGAACCUCCGCAGAUCCAAAUCUCAAGAAUCGCUUACAGGAUCCUCGAAGUACUUUCUCUUUCCUAACCACAGGGGAAAAAGGAACGCAGGUCCUCAAUCCCACGCUGUAAAUUCGAUCAAAGAUCUCCUUCCUCAAUGUCCAAAGGGACGGAAA